CGCGCGCGGGCGCGCACACACGCACACACACACAUACACACACGCGCGCACACACACACUCGCCCGCCCGCCCCUGGCGCCGCCGCCGCCCCGCCGGGGCCCCCGCCUCCAGGGACAAGUGCGGCCACCGGCGCGCCCCACGCCGCCCGCCGGAGGAGCCCCGGGCCGGCCGCACCGCCGGCGUCCCCGCGUGCGCCCCUCGGGUCCGCGCCGCUGUGGCCGGCGGAGCGCUGACGGCCCCCGGCGGACACGCACGCUGUCGGAGCCGGCCCUCCCGCCCGCUCCCGCUCCCGCUCGGCUCGCAGCCGGCCUUGCUCCCCGGCCCCGGCCCCCGCUGCCGCGGAAAGCGCGGCAACCCCCGCGCCCUCCCCGCCGGCUGCUUCGGCGUCUCCCGCGGCGGCCGGAGAGAGUUGAUCGCUAUUGUGAUCCGCCCGGGAGAGGCGAGGGGCGGGCGCAGGUGGGGAGACCGAAGAGCUGCAAGAACUGGGGUCCUCCCGAGCCAACUCCACCCAGCGAUCGCCGGCGCGGUGUCUCCUCGCCGCCGGGACGAUGGAUUAAGUUACUCCUCCCGGGGCCAGAAGUCGGUGCAGACUUGCGGAGACAUGAAGGAAAAGGCGAUGAUCAAGACCGCUAAAAUGCAGGGCAACGUGAUGGAGCUGGUGGGGAGUAAUCCUCCACAAAGAAACUGGAAGGGAAUAGCGAUUGCACUCCUUGUGAUUCUGGUCAUCUGCUCCUUGAUUGUCACCUCGGUCAUACUGCUGACACCAGCGGAAGAUAAUAGUCUGUCUCAGAAGAAGAAGGUCACAGUGGAAGAUCUCUUCAGUGAUGAUUUCAAAAUUCAUGACCCCGAGGCCAAGUGGAUAAGCGAUAAAGAAUUCAUCUACAGAGAACAGAAAGGAAAUGUGAUACUACAGAAUGUUGAAACAAAUAUUUCUACGGUGUUAAUAGAAGGCAAAAAAAUUGAAUCAUUAAGAGCCAUCCGAUAUGAAAUCUCUCCAGAUAAGGAAUAUGCUCUGUUUUCAUACAACGUGGAGCCAAUAUACCAACACUCCUACACUGGAUACUAUGUCCUGAGCAAAAUUCCUCAUGGGGACCCUCAAAGUCUGGACCCACCGGAAGUGAGCAAUGCGAAGCUUCAGUAUGCAGGGUGGGGCCCCAAAGGCCAGCAGCUGAUAUUUAUCUUUGAAAACAACAUCUACUACUGCGCACACGUCGGGAAGCAGGCCAUUCGUGUGGUGUCUACUGGGAAGGAAGGCGUGAUCUACAACGGUCUCAGUGACUGGCUGUACGAAGAGGAGAUUUUGAAGACCCACAUCGCCCACUGGUGGUCUCCGGACGGCACGAGGCUCGCCUACGCCACCAUCAACGACUCCCGCGUGCCCGUCAUGGAGCUCCCAACCUACACUGGCUCCAUCUACCCCACAGUGAAGCCCUACCACUACCCCAAGGCUGGAUGUGAAAACCCCAGCAUUUCCCUGCACGUCAUUGGCUUAAAUGGACCCACCCACGAUCUGGAGAUGAUGCCACCCGAUGAUCCACGGAUGAGGGAGUACUACAUCACCAUGGUGAAGUGGGCCACCAGCACCAAGGUCGCGGUGAACUGGCUGAGCCGGGCGCAGAACGUGUCCCUUCUCACCCUCUGCGACGCCACCACCGGGGUCUGCACAAAGAAACACGAGGACGAAAGCGAAGCCUGGCUCCACAGACAGAACGAGGAGCCGGUGUUCUCCAAGGACGGCCGGAAGUUCUUCUUCGUCAGAGCCAUCCCACAGGGGGGACAAGGGAAAUUCUAUCACAUCACCGUCUCGUCGUCCCAGCCCAACAGCAGCAACGACAACAUUCAGUCCAUCACAUCUGGAGACUGGGAUGUCACCAAGAUCCUGUCCUACGACGAGAAGCGGAACAAGAUCUACUUCCUGAGCACGGAGGACCUGCCUCGGAGGCGACAGCUCUACAGCGCCAGCACGGUGGGCAGCUUCAACAGGCAGUGCAUGUCCUGUGACCUGGUGGAGAAUUGCACCUACUUCAGCGCAUCCUUCAGCCACAGCGCGGACUUCUUCCUCCUCAAGUGCGAAGGUCCUGGAGUCCCCACGGUGACAGUGCACAACACAACGGAUAAGAAAAAAAUGUAUGACCUAGAAACAAACGAACACGUAAAGAAGGCCGUACAUGACCGACAGAUGCCAAAAGUGGAAUACAGGAAGAUCGAGGUUGACGAUUACAACCUCCCCGUUCAGAUCCUCAAGCCCGCGACCUUCACCGACACGGCGCACUACCCCUUGCUCCUGGUGGUGGACGGCACCCCCGGGGGCCAGAGUGUGGCCGAGCGGUUCCAGGUGAGCUGGGAGACGGUGAUGGUGAGCAGCCACGGGGCCGUGGUGCUCAAGUGCGACGGCCGCGGCAGCGGCUUCCAGGGGACCAAGCUCCUGCACGAGGUGGGGCGGCGGCUGGGCGCCCUGGAGGAGAAGGACCAGACGGAGGCCGUGCGGAUGAUGCUGAAGGAACAGUACAUCGAUACGGCACGUGUGGCCGUGUUUGGGAAGGACUACGGCGGGUACCUGAGCACUUACAUACUCCCAGCGAAGGGUGAAAACCAGGGUCAGCUUUUCACCUGUGGCUCGGCUCUCUCUCCAAUAACAGACUUCAAGCUCUACGCGUCUGCAUUCUCCGAGAGGUACCUGGGCCUCCACGGACUUGACAAUAGGGCAUACGAGAUGACCAAGGUGGCUCAUCGAGUGUCAGCCCUGGAAGAGCAGCAGUUUCUAAUCAUUCAUGCAACCGCUGACGAAAAAAUCCAUUUCCAGCACACGGCGGAACUCAUUACACAACUAAUUAAGGGGAAGGCUAAUUACAGCUUACAGAUCUACCCGGACGAAAGCCAUUACUUCCACAGCGCCUCCCUGCACCAGCACCUGUACCGGUCCAUCAUCAACUUCUUUGUGGAAUGCUUCCAGAUUCAGGACAAAGUCUCCGCAGCCACAGCGAAAGAGGAGGAGGAGGAGGACUGACCCGGGAGCCGGAGCCAGAGCCAGCCCUGAGCACGGCGGGGGCUCCCCCUGGAACAGUGUGCGGCCGGGACCCCGCCCCCCUCUCCCGCAGAGGCCGGGGCCGGGGCAGCAAGCGUGAUUUCCAUAGCAUGUGUCCCGAAGGCGGUUUUGCUUCAGAAACCAGCUCCUUCCCAGGCCGAGACGCGUCAUCGCCCCCCGAGGGCCCCUCCCCACCGCGCCUGGAGCGGCCACCGCAGCAGCAUCGCCUCCUCCUGGCCCCAGGGUGACCGGUGCAUCCCCCGGCCCCUCCCCAAGGAACGAAGGACGGACAGCAAUGCAGAAACCGGCCCUUAAAUCCCAGCUCUCCUGCAGUAGCGCAAAGACCCGCCCUGGCCAGCGGCCGCAUCCACAUGAGCAGUUUUCCACCCUGUCUGAUACACCCACGCCAUGGAAACGACUAUAGCACAAUUAUUUUAGCAGUACGUGUUCAUAGAUCAGCUUGCUCCUUUCUGUAAUUCGGAGAUCCGGCGUUGUCAGGGCUGAACCCGGUGUUCCCGUAGCUUCGCUAAUGGUUAACCUUAUGGAAUUAAUUCGUAUUUUUCUAUGGUUUUUACCUGGCACUGUCUCGGGUCACGGGCUGUCUCUCCUUCUUUGUGUCUCUCCUUCUUUGUGUUCUUUCUUGGCUUUGUUUGCUUUCUGUUCUUCGGUCCCCGUGUAGGCUUUGCACUUGUUUGGAUAAAGAAACACAUCAGAAGCAACUAACUGCUCUCUCCUCAAGAUUGUCUUGAGACUUUGUGCAGAAAUUUCAAAAACCUGAGGGGAACGAACAUCCAGUACUAUACUAAAAAAAAAAAAAAAAAAUCCUAAAUAAAACUUCUUUCCCACGAAGCUGCAUUGGGAUUUGGCUCAGACUCACACUAUCCACGUAUGUCUUGAAGCCUGUCCUUUUUCCCCCUGAUACCUUGUCAAGGCUUUUCAGAUGGCAUUUGGUUAAAAAAAGGUAAAAAGACUAAGGGUGGACUCCAUCCCCAGGUCUGUGCGCGUGUUCAGGGGACAGGCCAGGGAAGCGUGGGCGCGGGCAGUGGCCUCCUGCCCCGGGGACGGCUUGGUGGCCCCGCCACCAUGAGCCAGCAGCCUGUCCACGUGUCACACACCCUCCGACGGGACGAACCCCCGGUGCUCCCGGUGUCUCUUUCAUUUCGUUGUAUAUAAAGACGGGAUCGGGCCCUGGCCCUCCACCAGUUCAUUUCGCCUGCAUGCCGCCGCUCUGUGGCUGACCCGCACUCCCCACCAGUGCCAGUCGGAAAUGCAUCGAUCACUGUUGUUUCCCUCAGAGCUUGUCGACCUCCUGAACGUCAGUACUGAUCUCUCCAGCGUCCGGUCCUGCCGGGAGGUCCUUGACAUGCCGUCGGCAGAGAUUUGUCCGCGUUGCUUUUCGGUGUUUGAGGGCGUGGGUCUCGUCUCCGUGAGCUUGCAAUGUCAGUUGCAGUCAGCGCCAUUGGAGGGUCUCCGUCACCGGAUUUUUUCGGGUGAGACGUCACUUGCAAAAAGGACCGACGCGUGAGCAGCCGGACCGCUGUGAGCCGUGACCGUGCUUUCGCUGUUCUCAGCGGGCUUGACCGACUGCAAAGCCAACUAGGUCCGACAGGGGAAGCCAGCUGUGGCUGCGAGAUCUGGCAGGAGGGGAGUGAGCAUGUGGCAUACUAGCGUUUGUUCAUCCAUGGAAUAAAACAUUAUUUUACCA